UUGAAUAUUUAUUUGUUUGGUAUCAAACAUAUAAACAUCCAAUUAUCAACAGCUUUGUUUUGUUUGAAACUCAUACAUGAAUAUCGUUAUAUACAAUGACUUCAUUCCGUUGUUUAUUAAGUGGUAGAUUCGGCACCAAUUAAUUUGCUAUGUUUGUAAACUUUUCAUUGUUUUAAUGAAACGCAAGCGCAAGGCGUCGUAAUACGUGACAUCAUAAAUAACUAACAAUUUGAGUUUCCUUUGGCUCCUAUUACUUUGUCUGUGGAAACGAUGGAAUCAACACGUAUAAUUUUUAGUUGGCUGAGUUUAGUGUUAGUAAUAUUUGUAUCUUGCACUUUAGCUUUAACACCUCAGUGUCGAAAUGAAAGAGGGGAACCGGUAGAUUGGUUCUAUGUGUAUAAAUUACCCAGAGAGAAGAACCACUUAAACCCGCUAGUAAGAAGAGGGGUAGCUUACAUGCAUUUAACACCAUCUAAAUUGAGAGGGGGGUGGAUAAUGUCUGAUUUGUCUAUUGGCGACCCAAGAUCAAUGGUUGGGAAAACUCUGGCACCACUAUAUCAGGAUAAGAACAUAAUUUCUUUAGUAUACAAUGACCAGCCACCUGCUACAGAACACCAACCAGAUAUAUUGCAAACAGUGGCAGAGAUGUAUUCAAGGAGCAAGAAAGGGCAGCAGAAACAAUCAACCGUCAGAAAAUAUAAGAAGUUUAAGCUUGGUGACAAAUAUUAUGAUGACUACGAUUUGGCUGAGAUGUGUAAAAUGCAUUCGAAGUUUAUGAAAAAUAGGGUGGAGAGUGGUCAUACAAAGGGUGUCAUACUUGGAGAUAAAUUCACCUCAUUAUGGCUUGUUCAUUCUGUACCUCGUUUUCCACCUAUACCUGAUAUGAAUGGACUCAAUGUAAGCUCAUACAGCUAUCCAGCAACCGGUAUGAAGUAUGGUCAAUCGUUUCUCUGUGUGUCUGUCCAAACCUCCACACUGAACCAAAUUGGCACCCAGUUAAAAUACAACGAGCCUUUGAUUGUAUUCCAUCGUAUACCACAGGAGUUUGAUAGUGAACUUCCAAAUUUAGUUGAUGUUAUAAGGAACAAAACAGUUGACUCUUCUCCAUGGUAUCACAUAGAAAGUUUUGAAACGCUUGUCGGCCGUAAAUUUCUCUCCUUCGCAAAGAGUGCGAUGUUCAAUGAUGAUUUAUACAGUGGGUUGGUGGCUGAAGUGUUACAGUCUGACUUACUGGUUGAGUCUUGGACGAAUGGACCCGGCACUUUGGACUCCGAAUGCAAUAGGAACUUUCAAGUGAGAAACAUCGAGCGUCUCAAGUUCCCAAUAGCCAAGAUGUCGUUCACGUCACACAACGACCACUCGAAGUGGGCGGUUGCGGUCGCGCACAAGAUGCACAACAGUCAAGACACUAAGGUCGCCGACUAUUGGGUCUGCGUCGGAGAUAUUAAUAGAGCGUUACCACAAGAAUCACGCGGUGGCGGUACUGUGUGUACUUCGGGGCCAAUACUGUGGGGAAAUUUCGCGCAUCUCAUCGAAUCUGUCCAAACGUGGUUCAUUUACAAGCCGCCGACUGAAAUAAUACCAUACAUGCGUUUGGGUCGAAACUUUACCUUUAUAACUUCGGACCAGCCCGGCAGGUGGCGUGCCUCUUAUCCACAUACGAAUAUUAAUUCCAAUUCUCUAUUACAACACACUGUAUCGCCUAUUUUUAGGCCGACAUAUUCAGAUCAUAUAGCUAUAGCGAUUUAUGACAGAAAAAAGGAUAGUAAAAAUCUAGGUUCCGCCGCACAUGGUGUUCUUAUGGCUGAUGAAGUUGGAGGUGUGUGGAUCGGCCAUACUGUCCCAGGCCUUAUAAAUUUAAAACGUGAACGUCCAUUAUUUCCUGAAACAGAAAUCGCAAAUGGCCACUUACUCAUGUGUCUGUCACUUGAUUUGGAAACAGUAAACCUUGUUGCACGAUAUCUUUCGCAUACAUCGCCGCAUUUCACCCAUAUUCAAAUACCAGAGACAUUGAUAAAGCAUCUCCCUGAAUGGAGUUUUCAAGAACCUCCUUUGACAUUGUCACGAUUAAAACCUCUAACAUUUACCACAAAAGGCAAAAGCCUGCAAGCCGAGUUACGAGUGAGGCGUCCUGGGGACAAACAAUGCCUUUACAGAACAUUUGCGCAGGCGAAACAUAUUGUCUUUGACGUGUAUGGACAAUCUGAUAGUGAUUAUUUGACUACUGUUUGUUCACAAAGUUUUGGUGUUCGGAACAUAGAAAACAUAUCACUAAAGGCGCACGAUCCAGACCGCGUGUUUUACUUCCACAAUAUGACGGAUCGUAUGAGAUUCGGUGUAAGCACAGCAGCACAUUGGCAACGAAGAGGUUCCGGCCCAGUGCAGUAUUGGACCUGUAUAACUGACUUAGAUAAGGAGGAUACUAGAGGAUUAGGGGGGCAUCUAUUGUGUAUCCAUGAUUAUAAAGUGUGGUGGGCGUUUGAUAAUUUUAAAAUAAAGGAACCUACUUGUUAUUGGAAUUUUUAUUAAAUAAAUUGAUCCUUAUUAUUAAUGCUUAGAUUGAGUCUAUGUUCACUAACGUGCACACAUACAAAACUAUAACUAUGGCUUAGUUUUAUUUGUUACCUAUAUUACCCGUCGGUUUCCAGAAGUUAUUGUUCUAAGACUGCUUAUUUUACCCAUUGUAAACAACGAGGUACAUUGGAUCCAGUCGCUACUAAUAAAUUAAUUAUUGACAGAUUUCUACUUAGUAUAUAUUGCGUAAAUAUGGUUUCCAGAAUGUCACUGGUAGUAAGUUACUUACUCAUAUACCUGUAUAUAUACAGGUUUAAUCGGUAGCUUAAUAAAACAAUCAAUGAUUAUUUACGAAUUACUUUAUUAUACAACAAUUUUAUUUACAAACAUUCGCUCAUAACAUUGUUUAUUAAACUCAUUUAAUAUUACAUAAUGUUACAAGCAUGUACAAUGUACCUAUAUAAUACACUCUCAAAACCGCAAAAUAAAGCAUCACUGGACUUGUACGUGAUACCCGUACAACUUCCUUGCAUAUAAUUUAGCUUCCAUUUUAAUUCGUAUGACACAUAUAUUGAUAUUUAUCAUUGCGUGAAUGUGCGACUGACACUAUGACUCCAGAAAUCGCCAAUCUUCUAGUCAUUAUUUUACAUGGAAAGAUUUGUCUUCUACACCAUUACCAAUUAUUGUCCUGCUGUUGAUAAAUAUGGCAUAGGUAUCUACCUACUCUUGAUUCCAUAGCAUCAUAAAGGUGUCCACAACUCAUGUUUCAAAAUAUA